AUAUGAAGCUGCCAACCAGAUGGACAGCACACUUCAAAUUCUAUAUUCAUCCCCAAGAAAUCUAUCAUCCACAUACACUACGCUCUAACUCAAAAUUACCUUUCAGCCCCUUUCCCUGUCUUUUCAACGGGUAUUGCCGACAUCUCCGUGUCAUGAGCUCUGCAAGCAUGCCACACCGCGACACGGAUCUCUUCCAAUACACCAGUGGUCGUUGGCUAUGGGACGAGGAGCAGCAACUUCGAGAAAGAUUUUCGCCUUUCAAUGUGCCUGAGCUGCAGAGAAUUGCAGCGCAAAGUGUUGGAGCAGACACGUGUACUGCAAUUACAGAAUUGGCCGAAGGAUCAUUCAACAAGACUUUCAGACUUCAAAUGGAUAAUGGAUCAUCUGUGAUUGCAAGAAUACCUCAUCCUAUUGCCGGGCCUAGACACUAUACUACGGCGUCUGAGGUUGCAACGAUGGAAUUUGCCCGUACAAUCCUCGGAGUACCAACACCUCGAGUAUAUGCUUGGAAUGCCGAUGUGAAUAAUGCUGUCGGUUCUGAGUAUAUCAUAAUGGAAGAAGCCGCCGGUACCAAACUGGACGACAUAUGGGACGUUAUCUCUCUUGAAGAGAAGAUAGAGAUCAUGAAGGAUCUUGUCCAACUAGAGAAGAAAAUGCUCCAGGUGCCACUGAAUAAUUAUGGAAGUUUAUACUUUGCGAACACUAAUAUCAGGGGUGCUACGCCAGUUGACAUAUGUGCAGAUGUAUCCCCUGAGCUCAAGGACAAGAUAAAUCGCCGAUUUGUCAUUGGCCCAGUCGCAGAAAGACAUUAUUGGUUAAAAGAACGUGCAGAGAUGGCUUUGGAUCGUGGACCGUGGAAACAACCGCAGGAUUACGUGCUCUCUCUGGCCCAUCGAGAAGAGGCAUGGAUCCAGAAAUAUGCAACCCCAAGACCCAAAGACGACCCGCUAGUGACCUCAGCCUCGCAGAACUCUCCAAACAGCCAUAUUGAUUUACUACACAAGUAUCUUAAAGUGGCACCUUAUCUUCUCCCAAACGCUCCUGCGGUAGUUGCACCAUACAUUUGGCAUACAGAUCUACAUGCUGGAAACAUCUUCGUCCAAAAGGGAAAAAUUUCCAGUGUUAUAGACUGGCAGGGUCUGUGGGCAGCACCAUUGAUACUUCAAGCACGCCAUGCACGACUAGUUGAUUAUAAUGGGGAAGUUAUUUUGAAAGCCCCGGCAAACUUUAAAGAUCUUGAACCAGCAGAAAAGACUCGAAUUAGAGGCCUUAUGAGUAGCUCGAUACUACUUUACCUCUACGAAAAGCAGAUUGCUCAAGACAUACCCCUCCUUGAUAGAGUCCUUCGGUUUGACCACGGCAGGAUACGGUGCGAGCCAAUCUUAUUUGUGGGUGACACGUGGGAUGAUGAAAUCAUACCCUUGCGAGAAUCAUUGAUAAGGGUUGAGAGGAGCUGGAACGAGUUAGGAUUUGAUUUUCCAUGCCCUAUCAAUUUUACAGAGGAUGAUCUUCGUAUUCAUGCAGAAGAAAGUGACGGGUGGAACGACGUUCAGGAAUUUUGGGACUCUGUUGCGCAUAUAGUAUCGAGAGAUGGUUGGACACCACAUCAUCUAUAUGAUGAUGCCAUUUCUCUUUUUACGGAGCUACGAGAUAUUGGCCUGAAAGCUAUGGUAGGCAAGGAGAGAGACGCAUUCGAAAAACAGACGCAGUGGGUCAAGAAGCAUUAAUUCGACCGCUUUCUUCCCAACUGUUUUUUUAACGAUAAUCCGUCGGGCUGGUGUUACACUGAGCUCCAACCGCUCACGUGGUUGCAGAUGGGAUAGACAGUAAUUUUAACUCUGUCGACUGUAAACUGCUUAUUAAGCACUUAUUUGUCAUGUGCCAUCAUCCCACCUCUUUCAAUACGACGUAUCUUUGAGCCGGACAUAGGACCUCGAACCCACUUAGAUGGCUGGCCAUCCAAUAUUUGCGGCUUUCGCUUGCGUGGUUCCGACAGUUGACUUUAGGUGGACGCCUUCGGAGGGCUGCCACACAAAACAGACUUUCAAUGAUUGGAGAAUUGCAGUCUAUGCACCCAAACAGUUCCCUAUUUCGGAGAAAAGUUACCCGUAUCCUGUAACUCCCGUCGUCUUAAACUAGGAUUUUCAUGGCGCAAAGACAUAACUGAGAGAAUUUCAUACAAGGAAAGAAAAUUACAACUAUACUACCGUAAUACGCAGAAGCUCUGACUGUUUAAAAAGCAGGGCAUAGCAAAUCAUGCACAUUCCCAAUCAGACUAUGCCAUGG